GAAGGUAUAUUCUUGUCAGGUCACAGUGGUUGGUACAUCUGAUGUUCAGUAUAUAACUGUCUUACACAGGAUUAUAAUAUGCUAUACCACCUGAGUCUUGGCAGAAAAUUAAGGGAGUUACGGAAUGAUACAGAAGAACAAGUUGAUGAAGUAGAAGAAGUUGAAGGCGAAGAAGACGAUUCUUUAUCACCAGAACUCUUAAUCAAACAUCCACUUCAAAAUAAAUGGGCCUUGUGGUUUUUCAAAAAUGACAGAACGAAAGAAUGGACAGCGAAUCUAAAACUGGUUACGGCAUUUGAUACUGUAGAAGAUUUCUGGGGAUUAUAUAACCAUGUACAGAAAGCAAGCAAAUUACCCUCAGGCUGUGAUUACUCAUUAUUUAAGGAUGGUGUUCAGCCAAUGUGGGAAGACGAUGUAAAUAAAGAUGGAGGAAGAUGGUUAAUUAAUUUAGAAAAAAAUAAACGAUCAACAGAUUUAGAUAAUUUUUGGUUGGAAACAUUAUUAUGUCUAAUUGGUGAAGCAUUUGAAGAUUUUAGUGAAGAUGUUAAUGGUGCUGUUAUUAAUAUUAGGAAUAAAGGAGACAAAUUGAGUUUAUGGACGAGGGAUAGUAGAAGACAGGAUGCUACCAUGAAAAUAGGAAGAAAAUUAAAAGAGAGACUACGAAUACCAAACAAAUUAGUAAUAGGAUUUCAGGCACAUAGAGACACCAUCUCAAAAUCAGGCUCUACAGCAAAAGAUAGAUACAGAGUAUAACAGUAGCUGUGCUGGAGGUGUGAUUGUUUUGUGUGAAAGAUGACCGUACAUCUCUUUAUAGAUGAUCAUAUUUAUUAUACUGUAAACAAUGAUUUAAUGGUUUUUAUUGAAGGUGAAUUGUAUCAUUGUCUUUGUUGUUAAAGCAGUUAAUAUUUUUCUUUUGGGGGAACUAUAAAAAAAAACCAAUGUUUUAUUGUGCAAAGUGAAAUGUAUUUGUGGUUUCAUUGCAUGCUAUGAUAGAGAAGGAUUUGUAGGUUGAAAAAAACCUAACAUUAUGAACAUUCUAUAUAAAUAAGAUUUAAAAAGUAAUUAUCUUCAGAAGUUCAGUGUAUCUCACAAUCACAAAAAAUAUGAUAUGAGAUUGGAAUCACAGGUUUUUUUUUGUUCAAGUUGAAACAAUAUAAAGACUUGAGUAUUUUAUAAUAAAGUAUUUAAGUAAGGAAUGCAGAGUUGAGAACAUCCAUUUUAAAAUCUUCAUACCUUUCUUGUUUUCUGUUUUCUCUGUAUUUAAUAGCCUAAGCUUCUUUCAAGUCCUAUGAGAACAUAAUUCUAUUUUAAUACAGAUUUCAUAAUAUUUCAGAGAAAAAAAAAAGAAUUUUGAAAUAAAAGCUUCUGUUUUGGUUUAUUUUAACUUUCCAACUUUAACUUCUAUUUCCUGUCAAGAUAUACUCUUUUUUUUUUUUCUCCAUUAGAAUUGUGUUUAGUACUGUAGUUAAUGUAUAUUUUUGUCUAUAAAGAGAUGAUUUUGUAAGAUACAUGAAUUAAAAGUCAUGUUUAAAAUUGAUCAUUGGAAGAAGUUACAUAAUGCUUGUUAUUUAAGGAUACAGUGAAGUGGUACAUUCUCUUUUUAAAUAAGUGCCAUUCGAAACUGCAUUUAUUCAUUUCUUCAUUUAAGAUUUACUUUUCCUAUUAAGAAUAGGUUAUUUAGUUGAGAGUGUUUUGCGGAAUUAUUUAUUAUUAAAGAUUCUUCCUUCCUGAAAUUUCAUCGAAAUGUGUUUUUAUUUUAACUGAUUUAUUUUAAGUUGGUCAAUAUUUAUCUUGUAAUAUUGAACAGAAAUGAGAAUGAACAUGAUCUCUGAUUAUUUUGGCUUUGCUACUUUAUCAUUAACCAGUUUAAAAGUCCAUUAUCAAUUUUAUGUUUUUGAAACCUUUUGUUUUUAUAAAUAGGAUCUUUCCAUACAUUGUAAUGCUAGAACAACCGAUAAGUUUAAUUAUCCCACAAUUAAAAAAGGUAAAAUUCCUUUUUCAAUUUCUGCCUCUUUUUCUUUUCUUUUCUUUUUCUUUUUUCUCUUGUCAAUUUUUCAAACAUCAUUCAUAAAAAGCUGUAUUUUCCUCAAAGCUAGAUAAUGUGCACUUUUUACUUAGUUUUGUUGUAUUUUCACAAAUGCCAUAUUGGCAUAUAAUACAACUGUUUUUGAAAAUAUCUGACAAAAUCUUUUAGUUAACAUUGUUUGAUUGAAUUUUAUAAAGCAUUCAUUAUUAGCAUUUUAGGAGGUAAAUUUCUCAGAAAUUUGAUUGCUUGUGAUAAUGAAUAUAUGUGUUAUGUAAAAAUCAAGCAUGAGAAAUCAAAUGAGGUCAUUCAUAUUCAAGUUUUAUCAUAUUUUCAUGUCACUUCACUGUAAAAAAAAUAUCUUGUUCAUUAAUUUGAAGAUUGUAUUUUUAUUUGUAUAUUAUGCUGACAUAUUUAAUCAGUCGUGAUGCUUUUUAGUUUGUAUGUGACAACCUUUAGAAAUAGGACUGUUUAUCUUGUUGCUUUGGUUUAAUGUUUAUUUUUAUGUUCUUUCAUGUCAAUCUAGCAUUAACAUGGCGCUGUUUAAAGUCAAUUUGAAAUAUUCCUGAUUCAUAAGUGUCCUAAUAUUUUUAAAUGACUUAAAGUUAUAUUUAUGCUUACAAGUUUCUGAGAACCCUUUUUUUAAGUCUCCAAAAUUAGAAUUCUGAAAAAUAUUAAUUGAAAAAGCACUUAGCAACAAUGUAUUUUUGAAACACAUACCAAAACCUUGACAUGAGAUUAUGGAGGUCUAAGGGAACUUUGUAACAGCAUCUUGUUACAACCGAUACUUGUUUUAAAGGAUUUUAUACCUGGUUGAAGUUUCAAUUAUAAAAUAAUUCUGGAAGCCUAAAAUAAUUUGAAUGUAAUAUUUACAUUUAGAUUGGUAUCUAAAUAAAAAUGUUCUACUUCAGGAAUAUAUUUAAAGAAUGUUUUUAAUUUGUAGGAAUUUUGAUGUUAAACAGUCCUGAUGGAACAAUAAUUCUGUACAUUCAUUGUAGUAUAUUGUAGAAUUUGUAUUAAAAAUGCUUUAUUGAACUAAUCAGAAUUUAAAUUGGUGUUAAUACAAUUCGCUGGAAAACCAGACGUUUAUUUUUUGUUUCUUUCUUUUUGUUUCUUAGUUUCUUAACUUACUGGAUUGAGUGGCAGGUUUAAUUCUCAAAUAUAAAUAUGUUUACAAAUUUGAGAUGAGAGAGAGAAAAAGAUAUCCCAAAAAGCAUCGACAUGGAAUGUAUUUUGAAUGAUUCUUUUGAAAAGUGUUAAAACUUGCAGCGUACUGAAGGAAUAACAGAAGAUUGGUUUGGUGUCGAUAAUUUAUAAAUAAAUAUAGAAAAUUUGAUACAAAAUCAGUUUAUUUUUAGGGUUUUUAUUUGUAAAUCUUAUUGGUAUUAUGCCUAUUUUUCAACAGCAACUAUUUUAUAUUUAGAAAAAUUAAGUACUAUUCUUAGUUCUCUAUGAUAGGUAGAAUUAAAAUCCCAAAUAAAAUAAGAAUGUGGCUGGGAAAAAAACCAAAAGUUAUUAAUAUUGUAAUAUUUUUUUUUUUAAAGUGGUUUGUUUGUUAGGCUAUUUUGUUGAUACACACAAAUUUUCUAAAAUUAGGCAAUUUAAAGCCAACUUAUUUAGACCUAUUUCUUAAAAUGGAGAAAAUGUAGAUAGUUUAAUUUCUGUUGGUAGCUGCUGAAGGUUUCUAAAGUGCUUUUUAAGAAUUUCAUACAUGUUUAAAGGAACAUGAAUUGAUCUCAAUCUGGGAUUGGGGUAAAGUAAUAGAAUAGUCUAAUGUAUUUCUUCCAGAGUUUUUUUCUACAAUAUUUCCCUUGUUUGUCAUGACAGUGCUAUUGUUAUUCUAUGUUGAGAGUUGUUACUUGUUAACUGUCAAACAUACAGAUACAUGUAUAAAACUGUAGUGCUUUGUUUACAUUACAUUUUGGCCUGUUUAUAUACAACAAUAAUAUUGAUCACCAUAACAAGCCUUGGAGAACAGUUAACGAUCUAUUCGCCUUGGUGUGCUAUGUAGAAAGGAAUGGUCAGACAACACAAAUAACCUAUGUGCUUAACAGGAUUUGUUGUAACUUAAACUACUAUUUGUAUGUUAAACUAAAUUUGUUUUUUACAACAUAAGUGAAUUGUUUACUUUCUGGUUAGUUUCAGCGUUACAUAAUUGUGUUUUAAAUACUGUUAUUUCAUUAUUACUCAUAAGUUAUCAAUUUCGGUGGAUUUCAUUGUUAAAGGUGACCACUAAUUUUAAUUAAAAUUCAACGAAUUACAAAAUUUCUAUAGACUUAUAGCAGAAGUUUUUACUUAAUUAAUCCACAAAAAUUGUAACCCAUGAAAACCACUAAAUUCACAGGACAUUAAAUAUAUUUUGUAUAAUCUCUGUUUUGUAAAAUUUUACCCUUCCAUAAACCCCCCAGAACAUUUGAUAAUUUGAUAAUAUGGAUGAAAUGUUUUGUAAACAUUGCAUUGUUUGUAUGUUUUGGAAAUUAUUGUAUUUUGUGUGUGUAAGCAUGAUGAUACUGAGAAGCUUGUACACCAAAAUAUUUGUAAUAAAUUGAAAUGAAAACUU